AUGUCCGGCGCAAACAGCCCCGAAAUACUAGCGGCGUACGACGCAGUUCGUAGUGACAAGGACGAGACAAACUGGUUGAUAAUAUCAUAUGCUUCGGCUGUGGGCGACAAGCUUACACUUUCCGCAACAGGGACAGGAGGGUUGAGUGAGUUGACGGAGAAGCUUGACCCUUCACAAGCUCAGUACGCCUACGCCCGCAUUGAAUACGCAAACGACACCGAGUCUACCCGCGUAAAGUUCAUACUCAUAAUCUGGAUCGGAGAAGGCACGAAGAUAAUGCGAAAAGCCCGCGUAUCUAUUGAGAGCGGUGAGGUCAAAAGAGUAUUGGGUCACCACUCAAUCCAGGUAGAUGCCCGAGAUAAAAGCGACUUGGAUGAAAAGGAAAUCGUAAUCAGAUUACGGAAGGCUGGAGGUGCUGACUACAACGGGGGGAGAGGGUAG